AUGGCUGAUGUAAAGGAGGCCAACGUGGUCCUCGACCAUGACGUUCUCGGCGAAAAAGCAGCCAUCUCUCAUGAAGAGGCCAUGCACUUUGGCCAGCUGACCGAGGAAGAGCGUGCUAUCGAGAAGAAGCUGGUGCGCAAGAUCGAUCUUAUGAUCAUGCCCUUGAUUGUGCUUGUCUACCUGAUGAACUACAUUGACCGAAACAACUACGCCGCUGCUCGAUUGCAGGGUCUGGAAGAAGACUUGGGUUUACAUGGCGAUCAAUACCAGCUCGGUCUGUCCAUCCUCUUUGUCAGCUACAUUCUUGCCCAAGUCCCAUCCAAUCUCUUCCUCAAUCACCUUGGUCGCCCUUCUCUAUACCUGGGAUUCUUCACCUGUGCCUGGGGUUUGGUCUCUGCUUUGACUUGUCUGGUCAAGGGCUUUGGAGGUAUUGUGGCAUGCCGAUUUAUGCUCGGCCUGGUGGAAGCCCCUUUCUUCCCAGGUGUUCUCUUCUACCUCUCCAAGUGGUACACGAAGAAAGAGUUGAACUUGCGAAUGUCAAUUUUCUACUCGGGUUCUUUGGUUAGUGGUGCCUUUGGAAAUCUAAUCGCUGCUGGAAUUCUCAGCGGUUUGGCUGGAAAACGAGGGCUUUCUGCAUGGCAAUGGCUCUACAUCAUCGAGGGAUGCAUUACAAUCACCAUCGGCCUUAUCAUUAUGGUCAUCCUUCCCGACUUCCCCAACACCUGGAAAUCCCUUUCUCCUGAAAUGAAGCACGUGGCCAACCGUCGCCUGGCCAUUGAAGCUGCCGAAGCCGACGUCGAUGAAGCAGGCGGCAUGUCUCAAGUCAAGGGCCUGAAGCUCGCCAUGACCGACCCCAAAACGUACAUGCUGGCCAUCGCCUAUAUGUGUAUCACCGGCGCAGCUGGAUUCCAAAACUUUUUCCCAACACUCACGGCCACGCUCGACUAUAACCAUGUCAUCACCCUCCUCUUGUGCGCUCCACCGUAUAUCUUCAUGGUCUUCUACUCGCUGGCCCACUCCGUGGUGUCAGAUCGCCUCGGUAAUCGUUUUUGGUUCUUCAUGUAUCCGAUCCCGAUCACCAUUGUCGGGUGGAUCAUUUUCAUGACCACGAGCAGCUUUGGACCCAGCUACUUCUCUCUGUUCUUGAUGAACUUCAUUUUCGCCAUGAAUGGCACCUGCUAUGCCUGGAUCGCUGGCGCCAUUCCACGGCCUCCUGCCAAACGCGCCGCGGCGUACGCAUUUAUCAACUCAAUCGGCAACUCCGCUUCGAUCUGGACUCCCUUCACCUACCGCACCCAAGAUGAGCCGCACUACAUUCUCGCCCUAGCAAUUUGUAUCGGUCUUCAGGUCGUUGCCGCCAUUAUGGGCUUGAGCAUGCGUAUUACAUUGACCAGGCAAAAUAAAAGAUUGGAGCGAUUGGAGAAUGAAGAUGUCCCACUGACCGAGCGCGAUCUGGCCAAGUUGCGCAAGACAGCGGAGGUUGAGGGCAUUGACAUCGCGGCUGCUAGACGUCUGCAGAAAGGUUACCGCUUUAUGAUCUAA